AUAAUAUUAAUAUAUCACAUUUAUUUCUGGUUGUGUUUAUUAUUUCUUUGUGUUUUCUAUUUCUGCUGUACACUCUUUGACAGAGAAAAUCAAUGUCAACUUCAUCGUCAAUUGCGAAGCCGGACUUUCGAACGGGAGAAGUAAUUUCUCAAUUUGAAAUUAUUAAGAAACUCGGAUCCGGAGGAUUUGGUGCUGUGUAUCAAGUUCGAAAGAAUGGAUUUGAUAUGGCGCUGAAGACUGAAUUCGUGGAUACAGAAAGUGAUGACACGUUGAAAAAUGAAGCUCAUAUUUUGAGAUUACUGCAGUGGUCGCCUGGGUUUUGCCGUCUUUAUACUGCUAAACGAUUGACUUGGAACAAGCAACAAGUGAACAUAAUGGCUAUGAGCCUGUGUGCUCGUCCAAUUUCAAGACUUCGAAGAAUGAUGCCUGACAAGCAUUUUUCUAAAUCCACGGCUGCUCGACUUUCUGUUCAACUUUUGGAGGCACUUCGUGACAUGCAUGCUUCUGGAAUCAUUCAUCGUGAUGUGAAGGGAAGCAAUUGUGGAUGGCAUGCAUCGUCUAGAAGAAUUCUUCUUUUUGAUUUGGGAUUCAGCCGAAAAUAUCUGGAACUAGACCCUUCUACUAACACAAUGCGUCAUCGAGCUGCUCGCAAAACACCAGGAUUCAUGGGCACCAGCAAUUACUGUAGCACGUAUGCACAUGAUGAAUGUGAUCAGGGAAGACGAGAUGAUUUGUGGGCGUGGCUUUACUCAACUGUUGAAAUGUUCCUUGGAAGCCUUCCAUGGAAUAACGAGGAUAAAACAAUUUUGGUUAGCAAGAUGAAGAAAAAGAUUGGCAAAAAAUUAUUUUUCAAAUGUCCACGCGAGAUUGCUCUUAUGUAUGAACAUAUUCGCCAACUUAAAUUUGACUCAACUCCUGACUACCAAAUGAUGCUCAACCAUUUCCAACAAAUGUAUGCCCGUCUUGAAAUUGAUGAAUCUGAACCAAUGGAUUUUGAAGAAGGAUCUGCGUUCUAUGAAGAACAUUUUCUAAACAAUGAUACGGAUUCGGAAGAAGAUACGGAUGACACUACAACAGAUUUGGAUAGUUAUGAAAAUGAGAAAUCAAAUGUUGUCACAAUUGGAACUGAAAGUGAUGCCACUCAGGAAGAUAAGAAAUUGGGGAGACUUGCCGCUGGACUCAAUCGAGCAUUCAGUCGUUUGAUGCCAUUUUAGAUUAAUUUUACGAUCGUCUUCUGUCGUCAACUUGUGUGAUAAAAAUCGAUACUCGGGAAUAUUGAAUUCAUAGUUUUUUUACAUUUUUUUUUUCAUUCGAAAAACUUAUUUAAUGAAAUGUGUAGAAAUGAACAAUGUCUAUGAUAAACAAUGAAAUUAAUGUUUUAAAA